UUCCUCCCCCCCCAGUAAUUCAUUCCCCAUCUGCAAUGGAAAUAUAAUCCAGAUGACUGAGCUGUGGGUUAGACUCUCAGAAGGCUGGUAGGACUCAGCCUCCUCCUCCGUCAGUCGCUUGUUUCUGCUGAGAGUGAGGGCUUGUGCCUUUCACUGAGCCAUGCAGGUGUUACGCGCGUGCGUGUGUGCGUGUGUUCCGGUGAGAGCGUGCACAGCUGUUUAAAUGUGCUCUUCACGCAGAGCCCACCUCGGCCGGUUAAGCGAGGAAAAAGGCUUCAGAGCAUCUUCCUGCUCUUAUGCAUUCAGCUGCGUUUCUCGCUCCCACUUUCUUUCUGAAUUCCAUCAUGAAAAGAGGCUCCGACAUCUGCCGGCUCUUAGUUCCCCACAUUCCAGCUGUACUCACGGACACACACAAUUUCCGACCAUUUCUGGCUAAGUGGAGGAUAUAAUGUAACAUUUCUGCAUUUAAAUGUUGAAAAAUGUAAAAUAAUGUCAUGUAUUUUAUUGAAUCGGCUCAGCUCAUGGAACCUCGUCAGAGCAGAACAAACACUCUCUUCAGGUAGUUCGAGGUCCACAGAAGUAUGUUUGUAUAAGUGUAUAAUCACUUUAAAAUAAGACUCAUUUGGUUUCUGUGACCCUAACAUAAGACUUUUACGUGAACCUUAGGCAACAACCUUACAACAUCCUUUCUGGUCUUUAAAUAUUAGAUAAAUCUAAACUCACCAGACGCUAUCAUCAUAUUUGUUGUUUUGCUGCAGCUAGAGCUGCAACCAACUUACUUUCUCGAUUCAUUGAGAAAUCGUUUGGUCCAUAAAAUGUCAGAAAACGUGAAAAAAAACGUUGAUCAGUGUUUGUCAAACCUGGAAAUAAUGAGGUUUUGUCCACAAACCAAAAUGAUUCAGUUUCAAUGAUUUCUUUGUUAUAUGGAGCAAAGAAACGAAGAAAAUAAUCAGAUUCAAGAAACUAUAACAAUCAGAAAUCCUGUUUUUCAAACCCAUUCACUGAUUAUCAAAAGAGCUUCUGUCACCCGGUGACACUGCUGCACAGGCAGCAGCAACACUGAGCCAGUAAAGCAAAAGAAAGUGCCCACAAAAAGUUCCUCACUUCUGCCCCUUGUGCUGCCACUGUAUACAGCCCGCGCUGAUAGUUUUGCCUGAUCCAUCACCAAAGGUUACACACCGCAGCUUUAAUGCGGCACAUGCAAAUUAUAUUCAAAUCCUUUCAUAUUGUGCUGUUUUAAAGCUGACGCUCCAGUGUCGUGUAGGUGCAGGAGACGGGAAUAAGUCUUGUCUCUGUAGGCUGUCAGAGGUAAAGACACAUUCCUGAACCACACGCCAGUUUCCACAUGGAAACUUUGUGUUGCCGCCCACUUCUGCUGCAGUUGUGCGAGAGUUGAGCCGCGGUUGUUCCCUUCACACAGCUCUGUGAAGACUCUGAGUGGGCACAAAAUGGCUCCGGGGCAGCUCCACCUGAGGUUAAUAGCGCUGACAGUGGUGGUGACACUGUUGGCUCUCAGAGAUGCAGCAGGUGACAGCAAGCUGUACAAGAUCUUAAAGAAGAGAGAGGUGGCAGGACCUGGUACUACUCUGUCAAAGUCCUCUAUCGCCGUCCCUCCCUCUAAGGCUCGGGAGUUCCUGGCAAAGCUGAGCAGAACCAAGAGGAACAUCUGGGACCGGAGUAGACCCGACGUGCAGCAGUGGAUCAUGCAGUUCAUGUACAUGGGCUACGACGAGCAGAGGCUGGAGGCUGACCUGUCCUACUGGAUGGACCAAGCACGCUCCAGUGACCAAGGGCGCCAGCAUCAUUACGAUGAAAACGCCCCCAUUGGCCCACGGGACCACAGCACCUACAGACACGGAGCUAAUGUCAACUAUGACUACUAUUAACUGGAGUCCAGAUGCAAACACUGGAUUUCUGAGCGAUCAGUUUCUUCAUGUAACUUUGUGAUGGUUGAGUUGUCACAUCCUCCUAAAGUAACACAGUAAUCUCUGUAUCACAUAUUAGAAACAGACAGUCUCAGCUUUUAUCUCAUUGUAAAUAAAAAAACAAGUACCGAA